AUGAAUAACGCCAGCUUCGAGGAUCACAAUAUUCCGUAUCCUCCUGUCAGCCCCAGUCUCCGCAAGACUGCACAUGUCACCAGGCGCAUUGAGCGGCAGGCGUGUGAUCGGUGCCAUGGACACAAGGUGCGAUGCACCCGGAGUCCAAAUGGCUAUGGACCGUGCAUCCGGUGCCAACGCGCAAAUGCUGCCUGCGUGCACAGUUUCCCAGUGCUUCGAUCCUACCCUUCUCCCAGGGGUGCUCCGCCGGUGGCAUCACGACCGCACAAUCAUGUGCGAACCAGCCCGCAGGUGCCUCAGAUUUCUCCACAACUGCAGCAUCAACCGCACUCCCAACAUACUUCCUCACAUGAAGGACAGCUCCUUACCCCCAGCACAGAUCCAGGCUAUUGGCCAUCCUUCCCUCCUGGGUUACCCACCUCGGUCGACAAUGAUGUGGGGACGGGAUCUGCGAGCUUCAAGCCCUACUCCUACCCCUUCCCCUUCCACCACCCCCAACAGACCGCCGAGACGGGCCGCGGCACGGCGAUGCCUGAUAUCCUCCUCGAGCCGACAAACCAGGGAGUAGAGCGGGAUCGAUUCGACAAUCCGUUUCUAUUCAGCUCCGAUGAACACUUAGACCAGUCACAGAUCCCCUUCCUUCCAUCACACGCCGAGUGGCCUGACAGUGAAUCCAACAAUACCAGUCCGAGUCAAUCGUCUGUUCCCGAUCUUCUUGGGCAUAGCUCUCCGCUUCCACAAAACUCUCCGAUGGAGACGGUGUCCCAAGGAAUGCCGAGGGGGCGCAAUGACGACACCCCCAAUGGCAGUGGCGAGAUGGAACAAUUGAAUCAUCAUGCCAGUGUGGAUGAAUGUAUGCGACGUCUAUUCGACUUGCAUCUCAGCCUUUGCCAAAUGCAAAACUGCAGUGAGGCGCGUUCCGAUGAGAUCAAAACCAAUCAGGUGAUCAAAGCAUCGCAAGCCCUGGCUGUCAUCAUGCAUGGCCUGUAUAUUCACGCCCACAACUCCUUGUCGGAGCGAUCCAGUUCCAGCGGAGAAGGCGCCACCGCCCUUGCCGUCAUCUCCUGUUAUAUCCAUUUGCUCCGGGUGUAUAUCGACUUCGUGAAGGCUCUCCAGCAACAUUCCCGCGCCGAAUCGGCUCAAGGCAUGGUCCGCGGACCCCACCUGAUGAUGCCGCCGUCGAAUUCCGAGUUGGACCUCGUGCUGAAGGCCCAGCUGUUGUCUCAUUUGCUGGAUCGCGUCAGCCGCUAUGUGCGGAUGUAUCUGUCGUUGUACGUAAGUCGUGGCGAGCAGCAGCAGGGAAGUGGCGGUGGCGAGGGGGGUUAUAUUCGGAUUGUCGAACCGGUAGAGUUGCUUCUAGUCACCUUAGAGGAGCAGGAACAAAGGUUGAGGCAGGAUUUGAGUUGCUUAGGAAGACAAACUUUUGAAAUGGGCUUUGGCGUUGGUGAUCAUCGGACACAGGCUCGGAUGAAAUAG